AUGAAUAAAAUUAUUCUUUAGACAAAGACAUUUUACACUAAAGAUUUCUUGCAUAUUAAGGAAACAUGGAGAAAAAGUUAUCUAAUAGCUGUUGUCUUACUAAUAAUUGAAAACAUUUAAAUGGUUUCUAUUUACACAAAUGAUAUCAUUCAAUUUGAAUAUGACUAAUUCUUGAUCCACUUUAGAAGUAUUAUUGAAUUCUCUAGGUUACAUUAUCAUAAAUAUUUAUUAGAUUUUACACAAUUUUAGGAAAUUCAACCCUUAUCAGAUCAAUUUUUUCAAUAUUUGGUUUUUUUUUGUCUAGCAUAUUUCUAACAUUAAUAUUGUAUUCUCUUUUGAACAUCAAUAUAUUUAUUCAAAAGAAACAAUAACUCAAAUUCUUAACAAUCGAAUAGGUAAUAUAUUAUUUAAUUUAUUAGUUAGAUGAAUCUAAUACUUCUGAUAAACAUUUGUUGAACUGGAUGCUUUCAUUCUUCUUUUAGAUUAAUCUCUCAAUUCUUUAAAUACCCUAUUUAUUUUGUGGGAUAACUUUAUUAGUCAAUAUUAUUGAAUCUUGUAUUUAUUUCUAAUUAUACAGAAAGUUUAAAUUCAUUAGAAUAUGUUGGCGUAAUAUUCAGUAUUUUAUUGAUGACAUAGUAAAUUUUAAUUGGAUUAUUCAUUCAUUUACAUUAAUUUGAGUAUAGAAUGAAGACAUAUGACUUUUUGGGGAAAUUUUAAACUUUGAAAAUACAUGUCUUAUUUGGAUUUUAACUAUUGUACAUAUUUUAUAUAAAUAGAACAUUAGAAUAAUACUAUUAUCUGCUCUUAAAAUUAAUUCAUUGGUAGUAUAAUUAUUUGGAGUAUUUAAUUAAUUAUUAAAGAUUAUAUAUAGUUUCAAUUAAUAAAUUUAUGUAGAUUAUAGAAUAUCUAGAUUAAGUUUUUUAAUUUCAACAAUUUGCUUGA